AUGAGGAGACGGCGACUGAUUUUUAGAGCUAUCGUUGCUUUCGCAAUAUUUUCAUCGAUAUUUAUAUUUUAUGGUGUACCAUCACUCAUAAACACGUUCAUGGAUAGUAUGUUGCGAUCUAAGUCCUAUAACGUGGAGGAACUUGAAUAUACAGCAUCGAAUAGAGAAUUCAGCACAUCUGGAAGCCGAUCUCAUGUAAAUAUUGCUAUUGUUAUGGUUGUACUGGGACAUAAAGCUAUCGCCAUCUACCAAAAAGCCAUGCUCACUGUUUCGUGCUAUGCAAGAGUUCAAGGAUAUGAUUUUCGUAUUCUUAACUCCACGCAUUACGAGGGAAGAUGCCCGCAGAAAGAUGGAUUUUUUCAACGUCAUUGCAUCGUAGCUCAUGUGCUGCCUACGUACGACUAUAUCCUGUUCUUAGAUGCCGACAUGGGUGUUGCAAAUCCGAAAAGGCGUAUUGAAGAGUAUAUUGACCCCAAAGUGGAUAUAAUUUUUUACGAUCGAUUUUAUAAUUGGGAGAUCACUAUUGGAUCGUAUUUGGUAAAGAAUACUAGCUGGUCGAGAGAUUUUCUGUUGAAUUUUGCCAAAUACGAAGAACGAUUACCGAAGAGCUUUCAUGGAACAGACAAUGGUGCUAUACAUGCAUAUAUUGCUGAGAUUAUUCUGGGCAAGAACGAUGUUAAUCUGGCUCGUUGUAUGCAGAUGUACAAUAGUUCAAAGAACUGGGAUGAUCUUUUUCUGUACGAAGCCUGCAUCAGAAAUAUUUUGGGCAACAACACCACCUUGGGGAAGAUGAAGAUUCUUCCAAAGGGAGUCGCUUGGGCACGUGACAAUUGGAUAACGAAUAGUCUGUGGAGUUUGGAAAGAGAUUUCAUAAUACAUGGUUGGAAGGAGAAUCAGCUGAGCACAUACUGGUUUACGCCUGUGAAAAUCGUUUCGAAAUUGGAUGAUCGGUGGUAUAAUCCUCUCGCAGGAGCUAUAGAAUUGUCUCUGUGCACGCAAGGGAACACUUCAUGGCAGUAUGAUAAGAAUUUGCUGGUCUCUAAAAAUGUUAUAGAUCGUCGAUUGCUUGAUCUUGCCAAGGAGGUGGAAAAGAAAAAGGCUUUGAUGCUUAGCAAACUUCAAUGAUAUAUGGAAGCUGGAGGGAUUUGCGUGCUCUGACUGGG